AAAAGGUAUACGGACACUCCUAACCUGCAAGACCGAUAUUUAAUUUGUUUUAUAUUUUAAUUUGGUUAAACUUAGGUUAAGGUUACGGUUAAGGUAAGAGUCGUUUUACAGGUCAGGAGUGUCCUUAUAGCCUCUCCCAGGUUGACGUCGGCGAGGAUUUCUCCUACUUUCACCCCACUUCCCGUAAUAGAACGGUUAGCAGAAUGAUUUGAUCACGACUCCCCCCAAAUCGAGCCCGCAGCAACACGGUACGAACACUGCUCAUUCAUUACGGUGUUUGCGCGGUGAUAGUCUCUCUCUUUCCCUCUUUCUCUGGAUUUGAAGCUGCAGUAUCGAUUCUUCGGCCCUGCUAAAAUACUAUCUUUGUUUGCAACUCAGCAACCGACUUGGUAGAGAAAUGUCUACCUUUAACGAGGGGCAGAACCGCGAGGAAACGGGGACAUUUGAGUCAUAUCAAAAUCGCGUUUUGGUACAGCGAGCGCCUCACGAGCAGCAGCAGACCGUGUUCGUCAUUCUAGACACAACCGAAACUCUGAAUUUAAUCAGUGUGGAGCCUCUCCUACCUGAGUCGGGGAUAGUAGCAGAUAUCGAGGUUGAGAGCAUCCUCCCUUCAGACUCUGAUACCUUCUACCAGCUGAAGAGCCAGCCCAUCACUCUGAGCGUGUCCCAGCCCCCCUCUGACGCGGCGUCUCCCUCCUCCGGCUCGGUGAUGACGUCCCGGGUGUUGAUGAGGCAGGAGCUGAUGCGCCAGCAGGCCAGGGACCAGGAGAGGAGAGAGGCCCAGCAGCAGGUCUCCUCGGCCCAGCUACGCACCACCGACUCCUCCCCAGCCAUCUCCGUGGCCCCAGGGCAUCCCGGGGCCAGACCUCCCCCUGCCCAGGUUCCUGUGGAGGUCCUCAAGGUUCAGACCCACCUGGAAAACCCCACUUGGUAUCACAUCCAGGCCUCCCAGAGACAACAGGUUAAACACUACCUCUCCUCCACCCUCGGGAACAAAGUGACCAAUCAGACGCUGGGCGCCUCCCCCUCGCCUCAGUCCGUAUCCGCCCCCUCUCUCCAGCCUGCAGCCAGCAGCACUCCCAGCAGCCCAUUGGCUGUGCUCAGCCUGAGCUCCAACAAAGAGGAGAUGGAAGAUGUGAUCGAUGACAUCAUCAGUCUUGAAUCCAGUCUUAACGAUGAGUUCUUUACGUUGAUCGAUCCUGGACUACAGGUGGCCAACACGCUGCCGGUGUCAGUGAACAUGCUGGAUGUGUACAGCAGUGGAGGGAUGGCUGUUCCUAACGUCACCGUCUCCAACUCCUGUCCUGCUGACCUGCACAAUGUCAAGACUGAGUUACCCGGUACCGAGGUGGAGGUUAAAGCUAUGAUGAAGGAGCGACAGAAAAAGGACAAUCAUAAUCAGAUUGAGAGACGCAGGAGGUUCAAUAUCAACGAUCGCAUCAAGGAACUGGGAGCUCUCAUCCCCAAGUCGAGUGACCCAUCCCCCUGCUACGGAGACAGGGAGACGCGUUGGAAUAAGGGCACCAUCCUGAAGGCGUCUGUGGACUACAUCAGGAGGCUGCAGAAGGAGCAGCAGAGAGCCAAGGAGGUGGAGACCAGACAGAGGAAACUGGAGCACAGCAACCGUAACCUACUGCUACGUAUACAGGAGCUUGAGAUGCAGGCCCGCCUCCACGGCCUCUCCACCCCCGCCUCUUCCUCCCAAGGCAGCUCCUCCUCACACCUAAGCCUAUCACAGUCCCUGGACCCCAGCACGGGCGACGCCCUCUCCAGGACCCUCCUCUCCCUGAGUGGUGGCCAAGGCCUCCAGGCUGCCUCCCCCUCCUUCCUGUCUCCACCCCCCUCGGCCUCUCCGGUUGGUCUGAUGACUAUGGGCAGCCCCUUGGAUCUGGACUCUCUGAGCUUCUCUGACCUGGAUGACCCGUCGGCCGCAGCCUUCCACGCCUCCCUGCUGCCGGACAUGGGUCUGGGGGACAUCCUGAUGGACGACAGGGGGCUGGGGAUGUCCUCUGUUGGGGGCAGAGACCCCCUGCUCUCCUCCGUCUCCCCAGGAGUCUCCAAGACCUCUAGUCGCAGGAGCAGCUUCAGCAUGGAGGAGGAUUUGUGACUGUUAUAAACCCUAGACCCUUACACCCUAGCCCCUACACUGCUAGGCAGGAACAGAUUCAGCAUGAAGGAAGACUUGUGACUGAUAUAAAGGGACUCUAGAUCCUAAUCCAUAGCCCUUACACCCUAGACCCUACACUGCUAGGCAGGAACAUAAUCAGCAUGGAGGAAGACCUGUGACUGGGCUGAGUCCCAAACCAACUCCUAGACCCUACACCCUAGACUAAACCCUAUACCCUUAGACAGUUAAUGUAAAUCUGAGAGAUUUGGAAAAUAGUAAUCAUGGCAAAUCAUUCCAGCCAGUAGAAUCAUACCAGAGUGUUUAUAUCAAUCCCCCAUCCUUUCAGAUUUACAGGAGUGACUGGAGAGUAGUUUUUGGGGGAUUCAGCAGAAGAGGGUUCAGGAUUCACUGCUUAUUGUCUUCUGGUUCUACGAAUCUUCCAACUGGGAUUUCUGGAAGAAAAAAGAAAAAAACAUGGGAAUUUUGGGAAAGUUGAAGGGAAUUUUUUUGCAACCCUAAUUUUAGUUUCUUAGAUACCAGCCUAUUUUAUAUUUAUUUUAUAGUUCUGUGAAUAGUAAUUAUGAUAGAGGUAGAUAUAUAUAGGGGGAAGGGAACAGGGAUACUGGAGUGAUGG